UUCUGGGAGGGGGUGUACCUGGAGCAGCUGCUGGGCCUGCUGGGUCUGGUCUCCCAGUGCGGUUGUGCAAAGCUGGGUCCGAACGGGUCUGUGCUCAAACUGCCUAUGCUCUUUGCGGAAAGAGUCCGGGAGCAGUUUCAAAGCCGCCACGGAACCGAGUGGAGCCCAAGGUUCGGAGGAGUAUCCGAAGUUUAGGGGAAGGCCGCCGAAUGGGGGUGCGGGGUUAUGGGGCUGCAUUUUGGAGCCCAGGGUCUGACCACGCGUGCCCCACCCGACCCCUCACGUGAGAGAGGCUCCCGGGCAGCGGGGUGCCUCCCCUGCCUCCGCAGGCCAGGCUUAUGUGGGUUCUGGAUCUCCCGCCCUCCGAAAGCCCUGCAGUGCGCCGGGACGCCUUGCCUUCGUUCUCGGCCCCUGCGGAAUAUUGUAGGAAGUGCUCAAAAAAUUUGACGGCAUGCACAACUCCGGGGAGACAGUGGCCUUGGGCCAGUGGGAAGAUCCCUGCUGAAAGCAGAUGCUCCCAGCCCACAAGUCCGGGCUGCACGGAACAAGUUCGGAAUGGUGAGGGUGAAAGUAGUGGCCGUUCCACAGGCAGCAGAAACCUAUCAGAAGAGAAAAGCCUCUCAUCAGAGGUCUCUGCCAAGCUUUUGGGCUGAAGUUGAAGAGGGAACUGAUUUCGGAUCUCCUGGGGGACCUUGAUUAUUUUUGACCCUUUUACUUGCAGGAAGGAGGGAUUGGGUCAAAUAACUACACUCAGGGUAUGGGGAAAACGAAGUCAUGGAGAGUUUGAUCCAGGAGGGAGGCAGCCUAGGAUCUGGAGUGGGCAGCAGUCUGUGCAGUGCGGAUCAGAGAGGAGGAGACGCCACGAUGUGAGGGCCUGGUCAGGUGAGGAAGGACCAAAAGUCCCCUUUGUACCACAGCAAGGCCCAGAGUUGCGCAUCUAGAUUCUGAAGUGCAGACCUGGUCUUUCAGAGCUCCUUUCUCCUCCCUGAGCCUUGUCAUUUCAGCAUUUGCCCUUCCUAGUGAGAAGGAAAGGCAACCAAGCCCCUGCUGUUACAUGGCAGAGCCUGCGAAAGAAGAGAUGGCCUCAGCAGAGGCCUCAGGGUUCUCAGACUUGAGUGACUCAGAGAUUCUAGAGUCUCUGGACCCAGAAGAUAACCAAGAGUCAAGUGCUUCACUCAGCAAGCCUGGCUCCUCUUCACAACUCCCCGGGAAGGAUGGCAAGCUUAGAAGCUUACCAAAGUGGAAAAGAGGAUUGGAUGUCUCAUCACCUAUGGAGCAAUUCCACCUUAAAUAUUUGUAUGUCACUGAUCUAUCUACUCAGGACUGGUGUGAACAGCAAAUGAUAUAUGGGAAGGAGUUUUCUGGUUUCUUGGCACCUGAGAAGGCAGCUGUUUUGGACACUGGUUCCAGCAUCCACCUAGCUAGAGAACUGGAAGUUCAUGAUCUUGUGACUAUCCCCAUCACCACUAAAGAAGAUGCUUGGGCAGUUAAGUUUCUCAACAUUUUAUCAAUGAUUCCUACCCUGCAGGCAGAAGGGCUCAUCAGAGAGUUUCCAGUAUUUGGAGAAGUAGAGGGUGUGCUUCUUGUUGGAGUGAUUGAUGAGCUGCACUAUACAACCAAGGGGGAACUGGAACUUGCUGAACUCAAGACACGCAGGCGCCCUGUGCUCCCUCUGGAAGCUCAGAAAAAAAAAGACUGUUUUCAAGUCAGCCUGUAUAAAUAUAUCUUUGAUGCCAUGGUACAAGGGAAAGUGACAACUGCCAGCCUAAUCCACCAUGCAAAAUUGUGUCCUGAAAAACCACUGGGACCUUCAGUGCUGAGGCAUGCCCAGCAGGGAGGCUUCUCUGUGAAGUCCUUGGGUGACCUCAUGGAGCUGGUCUUCUUAUCUCUGACACUGUCUGACCUCCCAGUUAUUGAUAUCCUGAAGAUUGAGUAUAUCCACCAAGAGACUGCCACUGUGCUGGGUACAGAGAUUGUGGCCUUUGAAGAGAAGGAGGUGAGAGGCAAAGUGCAACACUAUAUGGCCUACUGGAUGGGCCACCGACAUCCUCAAGGAGUUGAUAUAGAAGAAGCUUGGAAAUGCGGGACAUGCAACUAUGCAGAUAUCUGUGAAUGGAAGAAGGGUGGUGGGGUUCCCAGCUCCAACCUAAAACCCCAAGCCAAAAAAACUAAAUGAACAAAAGUUAUUCCUCCAGGAACUUUGAUCCUCCUGCUCCUGAUAUGCUCAGCAGAGUAAAAGGGCCAAUCAGUGAGCUUGGCUUUCAUGGAGAGAUCUGGGAUUGUGUUGUCCCUGGAGCUUUACCAUGGAUUACUAAUAAGACAGAUGCUCAUCAUGCCUGGAGCAGUCUUCAGCAGUUAGUACUUCCCUAAGAAAAUUCUUUAGUUUCUGUUAAGUCUUCUACCUAUUUUUUCUUAAUUAAGGCUUUCUACAUUUUAUAUGAUAAAAUAAAGUGAAAUGCUCUCCUGG